AUGGCCGCUGCUUCCAAAUUUAGCAUCCAAUGCCAAACUAAAUCCAUCAGCUUGCCUUGCAGAUCACAUCCCACCACUCUUCGGAUCGAAGAACUGCUCAACAGGAUCAAAACAACAUCAGCAUCAUCAUCAUCAUCCAGGCCAUCUGCAGAGAUCAUAACCAGUGGAUUAUCCCAGCUGACAGAAUUGUAUAAAUGUAUGGACGAUCUUCUAAAUUCAUCAACCAUUCGCGUUUUGAUGGCUCGCCAACAAAACGAGAAAUGGGUUGAUGAUCUAAUUGACGAAUCGGUCAAAUUCUUGGAUAUUUGUGGCAGUAUUUGGGAUAUGCUGUCGCAGAUCAAAGAGCAGAUUAGAGAUCUUCAGUGUGCUCUACGAAGGAGAAACGGAGAAUUGAGCAGUGAAAAUGGCAUCGCGAAAUAUGUUUGUUUCAGAAAGAAGAUGAAGAAAGAUGUUAAAGGGUUGGUUGCAAGUUUGAAGCAAGUUGAGAACAUGACCAGUGGCGUUUCGGUGGUGGUUGAUUCAGAUAGCCACCAGCUUGCGGCGGUGAUGAAGGCAGUAUUAGGAGUUGGUGAAAUGACCAUUUCGGUUUUCGAGUCUUUGUUGAUGUUCUUCUCUAUGCCUGCAGUUUCAAAGACAAACAGAUGGUCUUUUGUGGUAUCAAAGUUGAUACACAAAGGGAUGGUGGCAUGUGAAGGUCAACAAAAACAAGGAACUGUGAAUGAAUUGGAAAGAAUUGAUGCAGCAUUGCAAAGCUUGUGUAAAUACAGAUCAUCUAGUGAAGGGGGAAAUGUGCAGACUGCACAAAGUAGAUUGGAGCUAUUGGGAGCUCAGAUCGACAGCAUGGACAGUGGGUUGGAGUGCAUGUUUAGGUGCUUGGUUCGAACGAGAGCUAGUCUUCUCAAUAUCAUCUCCCAGUAAUCAUCAAUUCAUAACCUUGAUAAAGGUCAAGUCUUGGGCUCUUUUGUCAUCAACUUGAGUCUCCUCAAGGCCACUGGGAACUUUCCUGAUCGUUAUCUUCAGGGGUCCAAUGGAAUUAGUUGAGAUGCGCGUAAGCUGGUUAGAAAGCUGGUCUGGACAUCCACUGUUAAAAGAAAAAUCAAGAAGUCGUCUCUAUAGUCAAGAAGUCCUGCAUAGGCAUCAAAACUUUUAGCUGAUAUGCUUAUGCUUUC